UACUGUUAAUCUCAACACUGAUAGCUUUAUAACACUGAACUGUAACUGUGUCUCCCUGUUAAAGCUCGCUUGGUUAAGUUCAUUACCACAGGGUGCUGGCUGUGCAGCAUAGAUGGAGAUUACAGAGAUAAGACCUUAAUGCCCUCAGACACCUUCCCAUGUCUAAACCCCCUCAUCCUCCACCACCUCAACCUUCGGUGUCCCCUCCAUCAGAGCCUUCUCUCAGCUCAUCCACUCUUUCUGUGGACUCUUGAAGACACAAUGACCCAUCAGCCUGCUGCCAUGAAGACUGCUCUCGCCCUGCUUCUGCUCAUCUCUCUGGCCUGCCACAGCCACGCCCUCAAAUGUCACACAUGCGUGGCAUCCAAUGAGGAUGAUUGCAACCGACAGGGCUCCACCUCCUGCCCUCAGUAUGCUGAUGCCUGCUCCACCAUCACAGGACCCAACACCGUGAUAAAGUCGUGCACGUACAAAGCUUUCUGCGACAAGGCUAACGGCGGCAACACCGGAGCCAAGAUGGAAUGUUGUUUUGGCGACGACUGUAACGGGCCCCACAGGAGCCAUCGCCACAACGGUGCAGGGGCUCUGGCCUCCAGCCCCAUCCUGCUGAUCACGGCCCUGCUCCUACGCCUGGCUGUCAGUCAGCUGUGAACGCCUCCAUUUUUGUUUUCCUCCAGUGAUUCAUCUCUUCCUUAUCUGUUUAAUCCAGUCAUUUGAUAUGUUGUCCAUCCCUCAGAGAUUUUUAAUGGAGGUUUGCAGAAAGGAUUUGAAUGACAGAGAGUUUCAAGUCGUUUAAAACCAAAGUAUAUUUUGUAAGGACUGUGUUGGUGCAGUGAAGGUCUGUCUUUGCGCCUUUUGAUUCUCUUUUCUUUUUAUACCAUCAUCAAAACCUCAUUAUCAAUGGUGGUAUGUUCACUUUCAGGUGAUGUAAAGCUGUUAAGCAACCUGUGAACCUGAGAGUAUUUGUGGUGAAUGUCUGUGUACAAAGAGAAGUACACCCACAAAUAGUUCUGGUAUAGCUGGUGGGACUCGGGUGUGGUUUUGGUAGGUGCUAAGGUGCCUCAGUGGGUAGCUAGUGCACAGCUCGCUUGACAUCAUAGAACCACAGUUGUUGCCAUGGGAACCAGAGAGGAAACUAAGUUUUUUAACAUCACAAUCUCAGGAAAAUAUUUAAAACCUUUUGUAAAUGUGUUUAGUGCUUAAAUUGCUCCUUUUUUGUGCAUGCAAGCUUGUCUGAAUAAAGAUACAAUCACAUCCUUA